AUGGGUAUUCCAAUUUUAGGACGCUUAUCCAUUAGAGAAUGGUUUGUAAUUUUCAUGUCCUUAGGUUUUGCUUGGCUUGGGCUUUUAAAAUCUUUAUUAACAACUAUUGUCCCGUUACCAAUAGUAUUCUUUAUUGAUCUAGUUAAUAAUAAGAUAGUUCGUUUGGCUAGUUCUUUUUUUUCCCUAAUAUCAGUAACUAAAUUGCGUGAGGUGUUUGAAGAAAUUAAAUAUCAUAUGAAUUACAAUAUCAAAUUUAAAUCUAAUCCCGAAGAGUAUACUUUAAUGAAUGACCUAGUAAAGUGUCGGAAUAUUCAAGAAAUGUGCUUAUUAUUUGGUUAUGAUAUUGAAAGUCAUAUUAUUAAAACGAGAGAUAAUUACAUCUUAACAGCUCAAAGAAUCGUUAAACUAGAUGGUGUUCGCGAGAGAAAAAGUAUUGGCAAAGUUGUUUAUUUUCAUCACGGCUUAUUGCAAGAUAGUGAAAUUUGGGUUAGCAUGAUAGAUAAAAAUUCAAAUUUACCAUUCGUUCUAUAUGAUUUGGGAUACGAUGUUUGGCUCGGCAAUAACCGAGGCAACAAGUAUUCUCAGAAACACUUAUUCUUUAGAAUUGAUUCAGAUGAGUUUUGGGAUUUCUCAAUCGAUGAGUUUGCGCUAUUCGAUAUUCCAAGUACUAUUGAUUACGUCUUAGAGGUUAGUGGAAAACAAAGCCUCAUAUAUAUUGGAUUUUCUCAAGGUUCAGCACAAGCAUUUGCCAGUAUAUCGAUAAAUCCAAGACUAAAUGAAAAAAUUGAAAAACUAAUUGCCAUAUCUCCAGCUACAACCCCACAUGGGCUUUACUCGGUAUUUAUAGAUAUCCUAUUGAAAUCGUCUCCUAACAUUUUAUUCCUAUUAUUUUCGAGAAAAGUGUUUAUAUCCUCCAUUAUUUUUUGGAAAAAAGUCUUGUAUCCAGCAUUUUUUGGCACCACAGUUGAUAUAGCUAACCAUAUGUUAUUUAACUGGAAAUCAGAAAAUAUCAAGAAGACUCAAAAGUUAGCUUCUUAUGCCCAUUUGUAUUCGACAACUUCUGUCAAGACUGUGGUCCAUUGGAUUCAAAUAAUUUCUUCGAAAAAGUUCCAAAUGUUUCAUGAUUCAAAAUUCAACUUAACGGGCUUUAGUCCAAUUUCCUAUCCUUUGAAAAAUAUUAAAGUUCCGAUUCAUCUUAUUUAUGGAACUUUAGAUUCACUAAUCAAUAUUGAUAUCAUAAAAGAACAAUUGCCUUUAGAAAGGACUACAGUUCAGUCAGUAUUCGGCCAUGAACAUUUAGAUAAUAUAUGGGGUUGUGAUGUUGCAGAUACAGUCUUCAAAUAUAUUCUUGAUACUAUAUCGACAGCUUCUACCGAAGCUCUAUAA